UUCAUCCAGCACAUAUCUAUCUGCUCAUCACUCGCAGAGUUGCCCUGGCAUUUCCGUUGAGCAGAUACUUGCUCCAGGCACCAGGUACAGGUUUCUAAACUUUGCAUGGCCAUGGCCAUGGCCAAGGCUUGCGUCGUCUGCCGUGUGGUGCUGGUGGUGUGUGCGCUCCUGCUUCUCUCGUCCACCUUCGUGGUGGCUGAGGCAACUUUUGGACAAUUGGAUCAUGGGAGAAAGGCCACGGUGGCGGCAACAGCAAUGGCGACAAGGCGUUUUGUGAGGAAGCUUCUGCGGGAGGAGGUGGUCCAGGCGGACGACGACGGUGUCGUUGACAUUGGCGGCUCCAAGAGGAAGAGCCCUGGUGGCCCAGACCCGCAGCAUCAUUAACGGUGUCGUUGACAUUGGCGGCUCUAAGAGGAAUAGCCCUUGUGGCCCAGACCCGCAGCAUCAUUAACUGAGGUCGGGGUCUCCUUGCAUGCAGUUUCUCUACAACGGCAUCAUAUACAUGGGACCUAACUCCCAAGAUAGAUUGAUCGAUCAAGUUUGCAUUAUUGUCUUGAUAUAGCGAAAGAGAUGGUUUUGUUUCGCAAGCAUAUAUGUAUACAUGUUACAUACACCAUAUAGUAGGAGAAGCAGCACAAGUUCGUGGAACAGAUCAAAUGUCGUGACUCGUUUUGUCAAAAGGAAUAAAAUUUAAUUUUCCAA